AAUUCAAUGUUUCCUUUGAACUAUACUAUGUAUGAUGUAGAUCCAAUAUAUCAAUUUCUUUAUGUUUCUGCUUCAAUUCUUGUUUUUUCUUAAUACCCUUUUAUAUUUCAUGUCUUUUUCUGUUCUUUAUAUGUUUCUUUUUUAUGACCCAUUUCAGCAUUGUAUUGCAUAUUUGCAUGCUUAUUGUUUUGCUUCAAUUUGAAUUUGGAUCUUAUUUUUGCUGAUGAGAUUGAAUUGAGUUUGUGUAUUGGGAAUUUGGGUUGUUGAAGUUUUGUCAUUAUCUUUCUUGGUGACACUUUGCUCCAUUUUCUAUAAAGGUUAUUCUUUUACUUUACUAUUAAGAUUUGUGAUAUUUUUGUCCCUUGAAGAUUUUCUUAGAAUUGAAAAUUUUCUCUUUCAUUGGUGGAAAUGGAAUAUCUUUAUUUUACUACAUAUACUCUAUCGUGGUAAACCGAGGUAUCCUCUGCAGAGACUAAUCCAUCGAGAUAAUUGAGACUCGUUUAGGGAGAAGCUGAACUGAAUCGGAUUGAUGAACAAUGCAGAGAUCGCGUAAAGCUCUUCAACAAAGAAGAGCUUUAGAGAAGGGUGCAAGUGGGAGAAACUGUCUUUAUAAAGUUUCUCUGUCUUUGGUUUUUGCUUUGUGGGGAUUGGUCUUCCUUUUCAGCUUAUGGAUAACUUGUGGCAAUGGAUAUGGAGAUAUUUCCGGAGAAGUUCCAGUUGUGGAAUCAAACUGGAAAGAAAAUGAGCACGGACAACGUAAAAUCUCCAAAUCGGAUGAUGAAUAUUUGACUAAAGGGACUAAUGCUUACAUUCCUUCUGAUACUUUAUGCUCUUAUGGUGCGAACACUGAUGAUUUUAUCGGUGACUCGCUUUUCGUAGAAGAAAACAUGCACUAUUUUGAUCACUGUGAUAAACAAAAGUACAUUUCACCUAAUAGAAAGGAACAUGAAGUUGAGAGAUCUGAAUCUUCUGUGAAAAAUGAAAAUGAUGUGCAAAAACUUGAUCGCUUGUCUGCGGCCGUGCCAAUUGGUCUCGAUGAAUUCAAGAGCAGGGCGAUUAGUUCCAAAAUUAAUUGGAGUACUAGUACAUCCGGAAGUGUAAUACAUAGAGUAGAGCCAGGCGGUGAUGAAUACAAUUAUGCUUCAUCAUCAAAAGGUGCAAAAGUUUUAGCUUCUAACAAAGAAGCUAAAGGAGCUUCUAAUAUAUUAACCAGAAACAAAGACAAAUAUCUUCGGAAUCCGUGUUCUUCGGAAGAGAAAUUUGUCGUUAUAGAACUUUCGGAAGAAACUUUGGUAGAUACAAUAGAAAUAGCUAAUUUUGAGCAUUAUUCGUCUAACUUAAAAGAUUUUGAAUUGCAUGGUAGUUUGGUUUAUCCGACCGAUGUUUGGCUCUUUCUUGGGAAUUUCACUGCCUCAAAUGUGAAACAGGCUCAAACGUUUGUUCUUCAGGAACCAAAAUGGGUCAGAUAUCUAAAACUGAAUCUUCAAAGUCACUAUGGAUCAGAAUUUUAUUGCACGUUGAGCAUAGUUGAAGUUUUUGGUGUUGAUGCUGUUGAGAAAAUGCUUGAAGAUUUGAUAUAUGCUCAAGAUAAUGUUGAAAAGAAGGUGGCAAUAGCAUCGUCCGAUCGUAACUUGUUCGAGGAAGAUGGCGAUGAAGAUAUUUGGAAAAUCAAUUCUGACACUACUUCAGAAACUUCUUCUGCGAAUGAUGAAAGUGUAGAUAGAAAAAAUGUUCCCGAUCGGAUCGAAGAAACCCGGCAACAAAUUGGCAGGAUGCCAGGGGAUACUGUUCUCAAGAUUUUGAUGGAGAAAGUUCGGUAUCUUGACUUGAAUUUGUCGGUUUUAGAGUUGUAUUUGGAGGACUUGAAUUCUAGAUAUGUGAAAAUUUUCAAAGAGUAUGGCAAAGAGAUAGGAGAAAAAGAUAUAGUUCUACAGAUGAUCAAAGAAGACAUUAGGAGUUUCCUUGUCAGACAAGAUAUUAUAAUGAAAGAUGUUGGUGAUCUUGAUUCUUGGAAGUCCCAAUUUUCUGCGCAGUUGGAUCAUAUACAAAGGGACAAUGCUGUUUUGCGGUAUGAGGUUGAGAGGGUACUGGAAAAUCAAGUAUCUUUGGAAAACAAGGGUGUAUUAGUCUUUUGUGUAUGUGUUAUUUUUUCAUUGUUUGCUAUAUUAAAGCUAUCUCUAGAUAUGAUUAUGAGCAUAUAUAGAGUAUUAAGUUUUAAUAGAGCAAUUAAAUCCAGGAAAUUUUGCCAAGGUAGUUCUUCCUGGUUUUUCAUAUUAUUGAGUUGUAACAUUAUUAUUUUCAUAUUAACUUCGUAAUAAUCCAUUUUUAAUUUAAGUGAAGAUGAUUUUAUCUUCA